GGAAGUAAACAAAAAAUAGCAUUCUCGUUAACGGAUCACAUAAAAAUAUGUGGCAUUUUUAAUUAAGCAACAAUGUCUUCAGUUGAGUGUUUGAGGCAGUUCGUCAAUGAGCGACUGACGGCCGCGGCUCAGGAAAUCUUCAGCGUGUUUGAAAAAACUAUCUCUGACUACGAAGAAGAGAUCAACCGUCAGCGCAGGCUGCUCACCAUCGCAUGGAAACCUGAAGUUAAGUUGCACAAAACAGAGCUCCCACAAGAUUUUAUUAACGUGGAGGACAUUCCAACGGAGCUGCAGCCUGGACAGGACAGGAAGUCUAUUUUGGAAAAAAAAGACAGAGAGCAAAUUCCAGAGAGCCAUGAAGAAAUCCUCACCCUUCCAGAGGAAGGAGAAGUUGAGCUGAAAGAGGAAGUUGAAACUCUUUUCCAAAGUAUUACUUGUGAUGAGGAUUACAAUGUUAUCUUGUCAAAUCCCGUGAAUGAAGAGUCCACAGAUACAGUUUCUGUUAAAAGUGUAACAGAAUGCAAUACUGAUGAUCAGCUUGUCUCUAGAUAUUCUCAAGAAGUGAGAAAAGGCCAAAAUGAAGGAAAUCAUAGCGGUUCUGUAAUAACCAGACGCAUGGAAACAAGACUGCAGAGGAGGCAUCACAGAAUCAGUGAACAUAGUUCCAUCAAGUUCAACACUCCUAUUUACACUCACAAGGGGAAAAUAUGCGAGUUUGUGUGUGAAUACUGUGGCAAAGCGUUUCCAUAUAGAUCCAGGCUGAUUCGACACCAGAUCAUCCACACGGGCGUGAAGCCGUAUUGUUGCCACACCUGUGGUAAACGAUUUAACCAGACAUCAAUCCUGAAGGUCCACCAGCGGAUUCACACGGGUGAGAGGCCGUUCUCCUGUGACAUCUGCGGGAAGCGCUUCAACCAGAAGUCCAUACUGAACGUUCAUAAGAAAAUCCACUCAAUUGAGAGGCCGUUUUCCUGCGAUUUCUGCGGCCGAAGGUUCAAGCAGAAAUCAAAACUGGAAUCUCAUGUCAUAUGGCACUCAGACAUACCGCAGCCACUUUUACUUAAGGAGGAAAGUUUUCUCUCCGAACAGCAGCUCUUUAACCAUGACCAUCACUCUGCGUUGGAGUUGGGGUUUACAAAAGUCAAAGAGGAACAAGAAGACAACUGCUUGGCCCAGAAGGAGCAGCUUGUGUUUAAGCAGGAGACAGACAUGUUCAUGAUCACUGUUCCUCAUGAUGAAGGUCACGAUCACAGUGUGGCCCAAACACUCAACAGGAACUCAGAAGAGGAAGAGACGGUUGAGAUCAUAUCAGAUGACAAAAGUGGGAAACAACUGGAGAAGACGCAUCCCAGAAUCUGUAACGUCUACAAUCCUAUCCUGUUCAAAACUUCAUGCAACUCUUUUGUCGAUAGAAAGUGUGAAUAUAAAUGCAAUACGUGUGGGAAAGUGUUUCAGUUUAAGUCCAGACUGAUAAGACACUUCCGAAUCCACACGGGCGUGAGGCCGUUCUCCUGUCACAUCUGUGGCAAGAGGUUCAACCAGAAAUCCAUCCUGCAGGUCCAUCAGCGGAUCCACACUGGCGAGAGGCCUUUUUCCUGUGACAUCUGCGGGAAACGCUUCAACCAGAAAUCCAUACUGAACGUUCACAAGAGGAUCCACACGGGCGAGAGGCCAUAUUCCUGCCAAGUGUGCGGCAAGAGGUUCAACCAGAAGUCCAUACUGGACGGCCACGUCAGGACGCACACAGGCGAGAGGCCGUACUCCUGCAAGACAUGCGGCAAAAGCUUCAAAAGUCAGUCCAGCCUGCUGGUUCACAUGAAGAUGCAUGCGGACAAGAAGACCUACUCCUGUGAAAUGUGGGAGAGACUUCAGUCUUAUGUAUUUAUGUCCGUUUUGACCAUGUAUCCAGUUCAAAGUAUGCGCAAGUUUGUCUGCGAUCGCCUGACUGCGGCAGCUCAGGAGAUCCUGGGAGCUUUUGAGAAGCGAGUAGAAGAUUAUGAAGCGGAGCUCGCUCGGCAGCGCAGGAUGUUGGACAUGGCUUUUUCCCCAGAGAUGAAGUUACAGAGGGCAGAGAUGAAGGCUCUCCUAAAUCAGCAGCAACACGGCAAUAAUUAUGACGUGUCCAGAUUUUUACCAGAUACUGUGCAGAUUAAAGAUGAGCAUGAGGAAAUAAGCAUCAGCCAAGAAAGACCGCAACCUUUGCAGCAUCGACAACGGCAGCAGCCUUUGCAGGAUCAAGAACGGCAGCAGCCUUUGCAGCAUCCACAACGGCAGCAGCCUUUGCAGGAUCAAGAACAACAGCAGCCUUUGCAGCAUCAAGAACAGCUGCAGCACCAAGGAAGACUGCAGCCUUUGCAGCAUCCACAACGGCCGCAGCCAUUGCAGCAUCAAGAACAGCUGCAGCCGUUCUUGAUGCGGGUUUUGCAUCAAGAAAGGCCGCAGCUUUUUCAGCAACAAGAACGUCCGCAGCUUUUUCAGCAACAAGAACGUCCGCAGCCUUUGCAGCAACAAGAACGACUGCAGCCUUUACAGCAACAAGAACGACCGCAGCCUUUACAGCAACAAGAACGACUGCAGCCUUUACAGCAACAAGAACGUCCGCAGCCUUUGCAGCAACAAGAACGUCUGCAGCCUUUGCAGCAACAAGAACAUCCGCAGCCUUUGCAGCAACAAGCACGGCCACAGCCUUUCCAGCAACAAGAACGGCCACAACCUUUCCAGCAACAAGCACGGCCGCAGCCUUUCCAGCAACAAGAACGGCCACAACCUUUCCAGCAACAAGCACGGCCGCAGCCUUUCCAGCAACAAGAACGGUCGCAUCCUUUGCAGCAACAAGAACGGCCGCAUCCUUUGCAGCAACAAGAACGGUCGCAGCCUUUGCAGCAACAAGAACGGUCGCAGCCUUUGCAGCAACAAGAACGGCCGCAUCCUUUCCAGCAACAAGCACGGUCGCAUCCUUUGCAGCAACAAGCACGGCCGCAUCCUUUGCAGCAACAAGAACGCCCGCAUCCUUUGCAGCAACAAGAACGCCCGCAUCCUUUGCAGCAACAAGCACGGCCGCAUCCUUUGCAGCAACAAGAACGCCCGCAUCCUUUGCAGCAACAAGAACGCCCGCAUCCUUUGCAGCAACAAGAACACCCGCAUCCUUCGCAGCAACUAGAACAAUCGCAGCUUUCACAACUGCAAGAAGUCCCAGUCUCCACACUGACUCCAACUCCUUGUCCGAAUACCACCAGUGGUCAGUCACAGCCAUCAGGUCCUGAAAAAGAGAGCGGAGCAAAUACAAAUCUUACGUCUAAGAGCUUAAACAGCGUCAUAGAGUCUGGAUGGAAGGAGGGGACACCGUCAGUGAGUGAGCAACAUCUCUCUCAAACUUCAGGUGGAGCCGGAAUCCAACAUGACAAUACAGGGGCAUUACCAACUGAUCCUGCAGCGCCAACUUCAGCUGAGAGGACCCCAGUUAUAGCCACAAACUCAGAGGAAGCAUUUGAUGAUGCAUUUUAUGAAGACAUCUUGAAUGAAAUUGAUGACAAUACCUUUGCACUCUCCAGUAUGAGUCCUGAGCAGUCAUUAAAUAUGAGCUUUGAUGAUUUAAAUGAAACGUCAACCAGCAUUACAGAACAGACACAGUUGGGGAAAGAUCAUGUUGGAAGCUCAGUGUUAAUAGGCAGCACUGAUCUAACACAAAACUGUAAUACUGAAUUCACAACGCUAGCUUUAAGCAAUGGUGCCACACCAACAAGGAUGUGUACAGGUUACAAUAACAGCUCAACACCUGGAAGAAACUGUGAAGCAAGUAAUAGUCAAGAUAAAGAUAAAAUUUUAACUAGAAGUAUUGAGCCAACUCAACCUGAGGUGAAUCAAGGUUGGAGACCAGAGUCUUCCAUCCUGACUGUGCUGACACCAAUUAAUGAAUAUCAUAAGGAGACACGAGCCACAACUGAGAUGGCAAAAGAUCAAGGCAGGAGAGCAUUUAGUACUAGCAACCAAGAUAAGAGCACAACAUUAGCCAAUUCUGCUGAGCUGACUCCAAGCGAGAAAAUUCGAGAAGGAGUAACAGCAAUGGAAAAUGUUGAUCAAACAUCACAGCAUGAAAACCGUGAUAUGAGUGCACUGGCAGCCAAAAGUACAGAGCAAACAUCAAGUCAGGGUGAUAUCAAAGAGUCUGUGACAUCGACUGAUAGAGCAGAAUCCACCUCAAAGAAAAAACAUAAAGAAGAUCAUGGAAGUACACACCCGGCAUCAAAAACAAAGUCAAAAAAUGGGAGAACACCGACUUCAAAAAGAUUGCUCAAAAAACCCAGACAAGAAAGCGCAAAAUCAACUACAGAUAAAACUCUCAGUGAGAAGACUGCCGCCGAUCAACACACAGAUUGUAAUAUAAAACCUCAAGAGGAGGAAGAAACCUCCAACCUAAUUUCAAAUUAUGGACAAAACGAUGAACAUGGUGGCAGCAAAGCAUCUUCUACUGGAGAUGUUGAGAUGAUUCAGAGUGACCAUGGACAGAAAACAGACAUAGUGCCAAGUAAAACAUUAAGUGAUAGGAAAAAGGCAGCCCAACAUUCUAAGUCCAAAGAUAAAUCAAUAAAUCAAAACAAGGAAGUAACUAAAGUUGGAAAACCUCACAAUGAAGACACACAAAGCAUGGAAGCAACAUCAACCAAGAGAGUAAGGGAUGGUCAGGGUUCUGAGUCGCCGCAAAAAAGGAUGGCUAGAGAUGAAGGUUCCUCAUCAACUAGAAGCAAAGAAGUCAAAAAGUAUGACACACGCAGCAAAGAAAGCACAACAUCAAAUCAAGAUCCUGACCCACCUCUGUCCAAUACCGAUGACAGCGAAUCAAGCGAAGGAGAGGAGAAGGUGGAAAAUCCCUACAAGUGUGACAGAUGUGGCAAAGUAAUGUCCAACUUCAAGAACUACAAAUUCCACAUGAAGACUCACACAGUGGCAAAGACCUACAAGUGUGAUACUUGUGGGAAAAUGUUUAGAGAGAGCUGGGACCUGAACAAGCAUUUGGUCAUCCACUCCGCUGAGAAGCCUUACAAAUGUGACGUCUGUGGAAACGGUUUCAACCGCCGCUACAACCUGGACCUGCACCUCCGGGUACACACGGGGGAAAAGCCGUACAUUUGCAACACGUGCGGAAAGACAUUCAGCUCGUGCGUCAAUAUGAAGAAGCACAUGAGGAUUCACACGGGCGAAAAGCCCUACACGUGCAAAGAAUGUGGCAAAGAGUUCGCGGACUCUUCCGCCUUCAAAAACCACCUGCGGGUGCACACGGGAGAGAAGCCCUUCAAGUGUUCCUACUGCAAGAAGAAGUUCGCCACCAGGACGACUUUGAAAAGACAUAUCAGGACGCACACGGGUGAGAAGCCGUACAAGUGCACAGUUUGUGAUCGAAACUUUGGCCACAGAACUGACCUGAAGGGCCACAUGAGGAUGCACACAGGCGAGAAGCCUUAUAAAUGUACUACUUGUGGAGAGGACUUCUCCACCUGGUCAAAACUUAACAAACACAAGCGGAUCCACUCAGGUGAAGCACAAGACUCCACUGAAUAACAUGUUACGUUUAUUGUAAGGUAUCUGAAUAGCAAGUGAGGAAACUUGAGACAAGUCACAAGAUCUCAAGUGGCUGUAGCUUAGUUUUUAAUUAAAUUUAUUCAACAGUUCAGGUAUAACAUAAGUUUUCUGCACAAUCUUGAAAAAACUGUCUUCCUCCUUUCUUUUCCUUUCUCUAUUUUUUUCUUUUCUUGUUCCUCUAUUGUUUGUUUUUUUCAUUUCCUUCUUGCCUUCCUUCCUUAAUUCCUUUAUUCUAUGUCUAUGUCCUUCAUUCUAUCCUUAAUUUAUUUGCCUCCCUCAUUGUUUGAACUUUAAUGUAUUUUUACUUUCUUUUGUGUGCCUCUUGUUUUUCUCCCUUCAUUUCUUCCUGUCUUCCUCUCUUGUUUUACUCCUUAUUUCCUUCCUUUCUUUCUAUUUCCUAUUUUUCCAGGCUCCGUAUUUAAAUAUUUAAAGCCUGCUGCCUGCCUGUAGAAAAAUCUGCUGUUUGUUCAUAAUGAACUUUUAGAAUUUGAAAUUUUGAAGUAAACAUAAGAUAUUUAGAAUUCUGAGAAUUUAAGUUUAGAAAUUUUUACAUUUUUAUGUGGAAAAUAUUUAGAAAUCUUGUAAAAAUGGCAAACAUCAUCAGCUAUGGUUUUUCUGAAAAAUGUCACAGAAUUCUGUGCCACUGAAAACGCUGUUAGCUGAAAAUGACAACAAAAUGGAAGAAAAAAAGAUUGUAAUGGACUGUUAUCAUCUCAGGUGGUGGUGUGAUAAUGGUUGUAUUUUUUAUUUUUUUUUAAAAAGAUGUUUCCUUUCAUUUUUGCCAGCUUCCUAAGGACUUAAGAACUAUUCUGCCAAAGCAUGGACCAUUAUAAUAUCCUGACUGUAAAAAACAUAUAAUGAUUAAAGGUGCUGAGGUACUAGGUAUUUCUUAAGACAUAAAUUCAAAUUCAAAUAUACUUUAUUGAUUCCAAAGAGAAAUUAAAUGUUGUUGUAGCUCAUUAGUUCAGACUUACUGUAUGGUAUAAGGACUUAUAUGUAAAAGGAUCAAAUAAUAAUUCACAUCAUCAUUUUGCAUUUAAGCAGCAUUUAUUCCUUUUGCUGUUUAAAUAUUUUAACAUAUUGAGGUACAGUAAUUAUCUCAUUUUAAAUCUCAAUUUUGAACUGCAUACUCCAGACAAUAUUAUUGUUUUUUGCUGUUCUACUCUUUGUUUUAUUAUCCCAAAGGAUUUUAAUUUCGUGUGCUGCCUUUACUUGAUUUCUGUUUUUCUUUGCUGGUUUAUUCAUAAUGUUUUAUUAUUUAACAGCAGUUGAGAUACAGCUUCAUCACUGGCUGGUGACAUGUUGCUAUCUCAAAACCAAUUCAGUUUCAAUCAUGUGAACAUAUUUAGCAUUGAAUAUUUUUUGUUUUAUUUUCUUGUGUGUGAUUUACCAGAGAUCUUGGUUCUCUCUUUAUCAUUUAUUGCUGUGUGAAAAAGAAUGCUUGAAUAAACAACUGGAAACUAAGAGACACUUAAUACGAGAGAAAUAAGAUUACAAA